CUCGACACGUAGAUUUGCAGUCCAGAGACGACUGAAGCAGCGACCCUUACAUUAAAGAGCUCCAAAGACGAGAAUACGGCCAAACACGCACUCAAUUCCUGAUGUGGGCAUGUGCAUGCCAGCAUCAUCCAGUCUGAGCCAUGCCGGUCCAGGUCUAUUCCUUCUAUAUCUUUGACCGACACACCGAAUGCAUCUACUCCAAACUCUGGAUCUCCCCUCCCCGACCACCCUCCCUCACCGGCCGCAGCGCCGCCGACCUACCACCCAGCAGCACCUCUACCGGCGGCCUCACCUCCCCCCCCGGGCCACACGACCCUCGCCGCGGCGGUGGUGUUGUCGCGGCCACGAACGAGAAUGUGGCCCGCGCAGAGCAGCAACAAGCGCGACGGACGCGGCGGGCAGGCGACGACGCCAAGCUCAUCUUCGGGACGGUGUUCAGUCUGCGCAACAUGACGCGCAAGCUGGGCGGUGACGACGACGCCUUCAUCAGCUUCCGCACGGGCCAGUAUAAGAUGCACUACUACGAGACGCUAACGAACCUGCGCUUUGCCAUGCUGACGGAGCCUGGGGCGCCGAGCAUGCGGAAUGUGCUGCAUCAGAUUUAUAUCAACCUUUGGGUUGAGUAUGUCGUCAAGAACCCGCUCUCGCCUGUCGAACAUAAGGGUGGAGAGGGCGUGCGGAACGAGAUGUUUGAGUUGGGGUUGGAUAGGUUCAUUAGGGGGCUGAUGUGAAAAAGGGCUUCGCUCCUGGCCCCUGCUUUCCUUGGCCGUGAUAACAGGAGCGAAGGUUUGAUGUGCGAAGUUGGAAAGAGGUAACACGUCAGCAGGGGUAGAGUCCCGGAUUCGA